CGUGUCCGACAGAGUUCAGUAGACUGUAGAGUCGCGAAGAUAUCCGUGAGUUAAGCCAUUAUUAACCAUAAAGCAGAGAUGUGGCGACCUUGCUCGCGAGUCGCGACUCGACCGCGCAUGCGCAUUCCGCGCCACCUGACAUGCCAUUCCCGUUUGCCAUUAGUUGGCUGUGAUCGGUCGUCGCGGUUAGCUCGUGUAUUUGUUGUCUAUGCUAACGUGUUAUCACGUUUUUAUUGUUUUAUUGAACAGUGUUAUUGUGUUAAUAACCUCUGAAUGAUAACUUGUGGUCAACGUAUUGAUAAGGAGAUGAUCCCCUGCUGAAGAACCCAGGUGCUGCUGGUGAGGAGUGCGAACUGUCACCAUGACCAAGCGCUUCGAGUUCAACUGGCAGAUCCCUGUCCCUGAACCUCUACUUCAGGGUGCUGUGUUCGACCGAUGGACAGAAGAGAAGGACAACACUGAGCUGGAGCUGAACUGCUUGUUCAAGGUCGACGAGUACGGCUUCUUUAUCUACUGGAAGAGCGAUGGAAAGGAUGGAGACGUCAUUGAGCUGUGUCAGGUCAGCGAUAUCAGAUCAGGCGGGGUGCCGAAGGAUGCAAAGCUGAACGACAAACUUACAAAACAACAUGGCGACCAGCUGGAAGACAAGUCGUUGACGAUAUGCAGCGGUACAGACUACAUAAACAUCAACUACCAACACGUGGUCUGUCCAGACGCCAACACAGCCAAGGUUUGGAAGGAGGGUCUUCGCGCCAUCACACACAAUAACAAAAUAAACAACGUCUGCCCGAGAACCAACCUUAUGAAACAUUGGAUGCGGCUCAGUUUCCUAACAGACCCCAAAGGUAAGGUGCCGGUGAAGGUGGUGGCAAGAACAUUCGCGUCAGGCAAGACAGAGAAGCUGGUGUACCAGUGCCUGUCGGAUAUGGGGCUACCCUCAGGCAAGAACGAAGCGAUGGAGAAGGAAGCGUUCACCUUCGACAAGUUUUACGCGCUGUACCACAAAAUCUGCCCGAGGAAUGAUAUCGAGGAACUAUUUAGGACUGUAACUCAAGGAAAGUCGGACAAAAUCAAUCUAGAGCAGUUUGUAAACUUCCUAAAUGAGAAACAGCGAGACCCGCGCCUCAACGAAAUCCUUUACCCACUGUACGACGACAAGCGUGCCGUGGAAAUUAUCGAUACUUACGAACAGGAUGAUGAAGCCAAGGCAGCUAAAUGUCUCACAAAAGACGGUUUGAUCCGCUACCUGAUGUCAGACGAGAACGCGCCUGUGUUCCUGGACAGGCUGGAUUUCUACAUGGAGAUGGACCAGCCCUUGGCUCACUACUACAUCAACUCCUCCCAUAACACCUACCUGUCCGGUAGACAGUUCGGAGGCAAGAGCUCCGUGGAAAUGUACCGGCAGGUGCUUCUCGCGGGGUGUAGAUGCGUGGAGCUUGACUGUUGGGACGGUAAAGGUGAAGAUGAAGAACCCAUCAUAACCCACGGCAUGGCGAUGUGCACCGACAUACUGUUCAAGGACGUCAUCUACGCGCUCAGGGACACCGCCUUCGUGACGUCAGACUACCCCGUCAUCCUGUCCUUUGAGAACCACUGCUGCAUCACUCAGCAGUACAAGCUGGCGAAGUACUGCGACGAGAUCUUAGGAGAUCUACUGCUGAAGGAACCGCUGCCUGAACAUCCCUUGGAGCCUGGCGUUCCCCUGCCGCCCCCCUCUGCGCUCAAACGCAAGAUCAUGAUAAAAAACAAGCGGUUGAAGCCCGACGUGGAGAAACAGGAGUUGGAGCUGUUCCGACAGGGACAGUUCGUGGUGGAGGAUGAGGUGAAGGAGGACGCCUCAGCUGUAGCACUGCCAGGAGAUAAAAAGCCUGAGGAGAUAGUGGUGGAGGCUGCGGCAGCAGGGGACGAUGCUCCACCACCGGUUCAGUACACGGGAUCUACCACCAAUGUGCACCCCUGGCUGUCAUCCAUGGUCAACUACGCGCAGCCUAUAAAGUUCCAGAGCUUCGAGGAGGCUGAGAAAAAGAACAUCUAUCACAACAUGUCCUCGUUUGCGGAGACAACUGGUAUGAACUACCUGAAGAGUCAGGCAAUCGACUUUGUCAACUACAACAAGAGACAGAUGUCCCGGAUAUAUCCUAAGGGUACCAGGGCUGACUCCUCCAACUAUAUGCCACAGGUGUUCUGGAACGCCGGAUGCCAGAUGGUUUCUCUGAACUUCCAAACAUCCGACCUGCCGAUGCAGCUGAACCAGGGCAAGUUCGAAUACAACGGCAACUGCGGGUACCUCCUGAAGCCGGACUUCAUGAGGCGAGCAGACAGAAGCUUCGAUCCUUUUGCUGAUGCGCCGGUAGAUGGUGUCAUUGCAGCGCAGUGUGCUGUCCAGGUGAUAGCUGGGCAGUUCUUGUCGGACAAGAAGGUGGGCACCUAUGUAGAGGUGGACAUGUACGGGCUGCCGUCCGACACCAUCAGGAAGGAGUUCCGUACUCGCAUGGUGCCCGCCAACGGACUCAAUCCCGUCUACAACGAGGAGCCCUUCCUUUUCCGAAAGGUGGUUCUGCCCGACUUGGCCGUACUGCGGUUCGGUGUGUAUGACGAGAACGGCAAACUGCUGGGUCAGCGUAUCCUGCCGCUGGACGGUCUCCAGGCGGGCUACCGGCACAUCUCGCUCCGGACUGAGGCUAACUUCCCCAUGUCGCUGCCCAUGCUGUUCUGUAACAUCGAGCUCAAGAUCUACGUGCCAGAUGGCUUUGAAGACUUCAUGGCGGCACUGUCGGACCCCAGAGCGUUCAUGGGCGCGGCCAAGGAACGGACAGACAACAUGAAGGCCAUGGGGAUAGAAGAGAGCGGGCCGGAGAAGAAGCAGGUCGAGGAGAAAAAAGAAGAGCCGUUAGUCUUUGAGCCGAUCACGGUGGAAUCGCUGCGGCAAGACAAGAACUUCCUGAAGACUGGCAAGAAGCAGAUGAAGGAUGUGGAAGCGAUGAGGAAGAGACACGCCAAGGAGAAAAUGGUUCUGCAGAAGCAACAGUGUGCAGCGCUUGAGAAGAUGAUUAAAGGGAAAAAUAAAGAACAGCUAAGUACUGACGCAUCGUUCCGUUCACUUGUGACGGAACAGUCUGCAGCGUGGAGCGAGCUGGUGGGCAGGCACCGCCGCGAGGAGUGCGCUUCAGCACGUACUCGCCUGGAUGACCAGCGCGAACUGCUCAAGAAGAUGAUGGAACAGACCCAGCUAGCGCAGAUGAAGCAGCUCGAGGCCAAGCAUGAGAGAGAAUUAAAAGAACUGAACACGCGUCAAGCUAAGAUAAGCGUGGAGACCAGCAAAGAGGUUGCCAACGAUAAGACGCUGAAGACUAAACAGGAGAAAGACAGGAGACUGAGGGAGAAGAAGCAGAAUAAUAUCAAAAAGUUUAUGGAUGAAAAGAAGACGCAGACGAUAAAACAAAACCGCGAGAAGGAGAAGCUAAAAGUAACGCACGACAAGCAGGUGGAAGAGUUGUCCAAGGAUAUCGAUAAUCUGAUCGAGCUGUACAAGAUGGAGGAGUCUGAGUUCGAUAUGGCGAGUAAGGCGGAGUUCUUCGCAUGAAAAUACCCCGACAUUGCUCGACUCAUAGAGCAAAUCAUUUGACAGGCAAAUCUGCACUAAGACGGGGAUAUAAACUGCAAGGGACAAGUGGAUUCAAGUGUAUGUGCACCUGUUUACACAGACUAUAUUUUAUAGCAAUUAUUAUCUGAUUAAUCUGUGGUAGUUGUAGUUAAUCUGUGGUUCGUAUUUGAAAUACGCCGUAUUUAGCACUCUUUUGUAACAGUACCCAGGAAAUGCUAAUAUUAAAAAAUUUGUGUCUAGGUAUUAAUUAAGAAUGGAUGAUACAUUAAUUAUUAUCUGCAUAACAUGUAAUUAACAGCAAAAUUCAAUCUACUUUAUUCGAAUUUCCCGCCAAUUUAUAGGUAUAAAUGUCACGGUAGUUAAGAUUGUUGAUUCCUGAUUUAAAAUGAAAGCAUUACUCAACAAGAAUAAUAAAGAGCGUGGCUGAAAUAGAUAUACCGACGCCAUUUUGUGUCAUUUGUAUCACUGGACGAAUAAUAAACAUAGUUAAUAUCGUUUGGUUGUUGACAAAAUACCCAAUAAUUAUAUUUACGUUUUGUCUAGUGUCUUAGACUUAAAUUAUAACUCAGAUGAAUUCAUUGCCCAAGGCUAGGAGAGUAGAGGCAAGGAGAAUCAUCUCAUAUGCGAGAAAAGUUGAAAAAGUAUCGAGCUUAUGCUGUACAUAACAGUUCAAAAAGCUUCCACAAUGGCGCUGGUGUAGGCACAGGAUAUGGUAUGAAAUAAAACGUAGUGAUUAUAUUCUCUUUGGUAUGAAGCAUGGUGAUUGUGGCAAUUAUUGUAAACGAAUUGAAGUAUGCCGAGUUAAAAAAAUUAAUAUUAUUGUCCACUAAAGUAGUUAAUUAUUGAAAAUUUCAACAACUUACGUUGUACAAAAUAAUGUAGUAAAUAUAAACUUAAAGAAUUAUUAUAGGUAAACGUGCAGCUAAAGUGAUUAGUAUUAUUUUAUAUUUGGCGCUUCUUUUAAGAUUUACGGACACUUACACAGAUGAUUCUCCUUACCUUCUAUACCCUAGGCAAAGCGUCCAACUUUAAGAAGUCACCCAAAGCUGACUGAAGUAAUUAGUAAAUAAUUAGUAAUACUAAUAAUAAUACACUAUUCACCAUGUUCGACCUCCCGAGUAGGGUAGAGGUCAGGUAAACACACCGAGUACUUAUUUACCUCUUUCAGUCACGUUCAAUAUAAACAUGAAAUUUGAGUCAGGAACUCCCUAAAACUAAGUAAACAGAUAGAUAAAUUGUUUACUGUUGUUUGGUAUUGUUGUGUUAAAAAUAAUUAUACUUUAUUAAUAUGUAUUUCGUUAUUUUAUAUAAUAUUUAAGUUAGUGACAGAACACUAGUUCUGUACAAUGUCUACCUGUUUUGUCCACCAUCUGACCAAAUGACAAUAACAACCCUAAUAACAUUAUACUGGGCCCUUUACCAUGACACUGGAGAUGAAAUUUCUCAUGUACAACAGUACAGAACAUCACUGCUGUUUUCCGGCAGCAAUAGGCAUAUCUAGUUCGUUGUACACCAAGGGGAGGGCGUUAGCGAUUCCUAACGAGGGUGCAUUUUGUACACACGGGACGAAGUCGAGGGCCUCAAUGUACCUUAGUAUUGGAAUCGCAUUUCUCUCAAGUGAUGUAUGUAAUGUAUUCUAUUGACAUAUUAUGACACUGGUCAAUUAACAGUUACAUACAAAUUAUGCGACAGUCUUAAUUUUUUUAUAAAUAGGCUCUUUUAGAAGAAAAUUGAUUUCUGCGUGUAGUUUGUAAAAUUGAUAUUUAUUUCUAAAUUAAAAAUAAUUUGUAAAGUUUACAUAUUAUAUUGUCAGAUAAUAUUUUAUACAUUCUGUCACCCUUAACGAUUACGAAAUUUGAAUAAUUAUAGUUUUUGGUUUUUUUACGGAAAUAUAAUUAGGUAUUUAAAUACUAAACAGGCCUCCUAGGUUCAACGCAGUGGACAUUGGAAAAUUUUAUAUCUACUAACAAUUUUUUCUUUUUAAAGUUUCAAUUUCCACAUGGGUACCUACCUACAUUGUUAAUAAUAGGUAAGGAAUUUUUGCAAAACAAAAUAUUUGACUUUUGACUAUUGCAAUCCUUUACAUAUUUACAUAAUAAUUAUUAAAAUUUGAAAUUGUUACUUUUUAUAGUGUAACAAAUCUACCUGACUAGUUAUAAAUUGUCUAAUAUUUCAUCUAAGAAAAAGUAAUACCAGAAAUAUUAUAUUAUAGAACCUUUUGUAUGAUACCUUCUUUCUGGUUGAUGAUGUAAAAUUUAAUGAUAAAAUCUUAUUUGGAAAGCAUCAGUAAGUUUUAUUUUUAUUGUUAUAGUUUGAGUAUUUAGACAUUAAACAUAAAAUUUUGUGUAAACUUUACACAAAAAAAAACGUAAGAGUGCCUUACAAUGUAAAGCAUUCUUUCGUUUUUUUUUAAUUAAAUUUACGUAUUUAGACAUUUAUAAUUGUACCCGCUAAUAAUAAUAUAAAUCACUUCUUGUAUAUAUUUUUUAAGUACACUAAUUGUUAAAAUAAUAUCAACACAGAAACUUUUUUUUUUUUGGAAAUAUUCGGUAUUUAUGUAAGUACCAAAGCAAAGCAUUUGCAAAGUUAUAUUUCCAUGCUAUCCUUAAUCCUUAACUCCAAGUUAAGCUUGACAAUCUUCUAGUAUUAUCGACGUAGUAGUAUGAAGGUGAAAUCUUUCAUGGCAAUAAUAUUAUUUGAUGAAGAAAAGGUUAUUAAUAAUGUGGACCUUACCAAAAUGUGUGUCACUAUGAAAAUACAUUGUAUGAAUGUAUGCAUCAUUCCAUAAUCAUUCAACCAUUUAGUGAGGACCAACUAUAAUUAUCGUAUAACUUAACAUUCAUCAUAACUUACACCGGUCCUGUGGCAAAGUUAAUUAUGACAUUGACCUAACUAAUGUCGAUCCACCAAAUUCCACAAUAUUUUUGAAUAAGCCCUAAAAAAAUCUCAAUCUAAAUUUCAAAAUAUUCUUGAUAAAGUUAUGUAUCUAUGUAGGAACUAUCAUAACUAUAAUGUUAACACCAGGGACAAACAUAAACUUAUAAUGCCUACUACUCGGCUAAGUCGAGUUAGUAAGUCUUUUGUGGGGCGUUGUAUAUGCUUUUACAACAGGAUCCCAGAUAAUGUUCAAAACAAAUCUAUUACGAAAUUCAAAAGAAUUGUUAAAAAACGUUUGUGUGGUAAAGGUUACUAUAACAUAAAUGACUUUCUCAAUGAUACCACUGAUUGGGAAUUGAGCGAGUGCCCACAGGGUAAAUAAUAAUAAGUUUUAUUGUACGAUUUUACAUUGUAAACAUAUUUUAUAUAAAAAAAUGAAGCCCGCUGCGUUUGUUGCUACCGUUCUUCUCAGGUGUGAGGCAUACCUUUUGGAAUGGGUGGUAGUUUUGACUUUCAAUAAGUGAUUUUAUAUACCAUUUUGAAUAAAAAAUAUUUGAAUUUGAAUUCAAACCCUACUGAGUUAGAGCUAAUCUGCUCUGCCUAUCGUGCCAUCAGUCCAACUUAAGUUUGUCGGGGACAAUAACAAACGAGUCAGAAACAUAACCUGCGCCAUUAUUGAUAAUGAGGUCAAUGACCGAAAAUAACUCUGCUCCACGACCCUUAUAUAUAAUUAAUUACAAAUAAGUACUUAGAUAUGCUUAAUUCAAUAAAAUAUUAUUACAGAUUGCAACCUACAUUUGAAGUUUUUUAAACUUUAUUAAAUUAAUGCUUUAAAUAAAUUGUUAGAUAUGUUUUUUAUGAACCUAUACCUAUACAUCUAUCUAUUCUAGUCAAUUUGAAUCUAGCUUGAUCCUGAUAGUAAGUACUAUGUUAAAUACUACUUGUAAGUUAUAAUUUUAAUGUUAGUUGUAAAAAAAUCCUUCAAGUUGAGAUACUAUAUUUUUUGGUGAAAUAAGCAGUUUUGGAGUAAACUGUUUUCAUCUACUAGAUCGUUUCAAAAUAAUAUGUUGAUUUUGAUGACAAUCGUGGUAUACGUACUUUUUACUAUAUUAGGUAGGAAUAACUAUAGACAGAUAGGUAAAUUAUAUUUCGCGUAGGAAAUUACAAUAUAGCAUAUGAGAACAUUAAUUUAGAGUAAUUUCUUAUUUUUAGUAUGAAAUAUAAUGUUAAGUAGUAUUAAUGAUAUAUUAAUCUUUUAAACUUUGUACUAAAGGACGAAAGUGAGACUAAUUCGAUAAAAUAUCUGUAAUGUUUUGCUGUUCAUUUAAUAAAUUACAAUCAUGUGAAAACAGUAUCUGAUUUCACGUAGGAAUUAUUCAAACAGUCUUUUUCACAUCGGGAUUCGUUUAACUUGAAAUAAUUUUUUCGUAAGUUCCACAGUUCACAGAUUUGCUCGAAAAUUCAAACAGUUUAUAAGUAUGAAUUUAUUUCAAUUGGCUUUUAGUAUAUUAUAAUGUACUCUGUGCAAUUGGCCUAUAGUAUGAAUAACGAGGCUUUAAAGGACUUGUGUCUUAAGCCCUAAUAAAUUUAAAAAACAAUUAUAACGAAUACUCGUGCAUACCUUUCUGUAAAAUAAAAGUACCUAGGUACCUAUUGAAGUGUUUGUCAUAGUUUUACUAAGCACAUGUUAAACAUUAAUUAAAAUUUAAUUGCACCUUUUAAGGGUAGAAUUUGAAGUCAAGAAUAUUUAGUAGGUACUAGGUGUCUUAUCACUUGACUAUGUUACGUAACGACACAAUCAGCCCCUGUAUUUGAAUUGAUCCUAUUUGAAGCAAUAAAAAAGGACUUUUUUAGAUAAUGGUCGAAAAAUUAUCAGCUCUUGUGAAAAUAUUCUAAUUCAUUUUAACAAUUUUCUAAUCAUUUCUCUUGUCUAUAUUAUAUUAUAGUUAUACCAAUGUUUGAUUGUCAAACUUGUAUAUAAGUACCUGUAUUGCUGACCAACUCUAUAUUAUUUUCGUUUAAAAAUUUAUAAAAUUAAUUUCAUGCUUGUAGUGAAGAUUUUACUUCACAAUAAAUAUUAUACAUCAGUAAUUAUGUAAAGCAUAUAUUCUAAAUUUUAAUGUAAUAAAUUAAAUAUUAUUAUUUUUAAAACAUUUAUUAACAUGUGUAGACUAUUGAACAUUAAACUAAAACUAGUUUAUGUUAUUUGCAAGUUAUCUGUUGAAACAGUUUUAAAUUAAUGUAUAUAUUUAAGUAAAUUUAAAAUGGCACAUACACACUAUCAAUAUAAAUAUAGUAUAACUUUAACAAAUAUAUAUGUCUAUUUCCUUUUUGAUAAAAUAUCAUUUAUUAUCAAUAUCAUUAUUAGCAAAAAGACCACCACCAUAAUUCAUCAGCAUUGUUUGAGAGUGUUAAGCAAAAGAGAAAUAAACCUUAAGAUAUUAAUUUUUGGGGGAAAGGAAUUGAACUAAUGAUUGUGUGUAUGUGCCAAAUGAUUAUUGAAAUAAAAUUUAAACUAAUGUUGACUUUAAAUAAAAUAAAAUUUAUGUUCCAAACAUUUAUUUACUUCUAAAGUACAAUGACUUAAAUAAACUAUAUGAAAUCUUA